CCACCUAGGAUUCUUCCUCUACUACUACCAUAUCACACGCCCCUCCCCUCCCCGCAAUCCUCCCAAAUCCCCAAACCCAAGCCAAAAUUUCCAGUCGCAGAAUUCCCCAAUCCGCGGCGACAUCGAUCCCCAAAUCCUCGCUCCUCGGCUGCGAUGAUGUUCACGGAGGGCCUCGACGAGUCGGCCAUCAGCUGGAUCAAGCAGGGCACGGACACUCCCCCGGCCGCGGCGAGGUCCCCGCUGGCGGAGCGGCUGCCUCUGGGCCAGAUCUCGGCGGACGCGGCGGCGCCGAGGAGCCCCGCGCUGUACAACAGGGCGUGCGUCGGCCUCUUCUCCCCCAAGAGCCUGCCGCCGCCGGUGCGAACCGCCACGCGCCACUCGGGGCUCCUCGGCCGCCACUCCGUGCUCCUCGCCGCGGACUCCGAGGAGGAGGAGGAGGGGGAGGAGAGCGUCGCGUCCUGGGGGCUGACUGAGGACUGCGGCUACGGCUACUUCUCUGACCACACGGCCGAGGAGGACGGGGUGUGCUCCAGCGACUCCAGCCUGUUCCGCAGGGCGAGGGACCUGUACGGUAAUGGCGUCGAGGACGAGGUCACGUCGCAGUUCGGCCGGAGGGGCGGCGGGCUUGCCCGGGGCCAGUCCAAGGAGAACCUUCGGGUCGAGGUGCGAGCCGCGGCCGCGGCCGCGUUUGCCGGGAAAAGCUCCCGUGGUCAGGAUCAGGUGGACUGCAGCUCGCAUGAGCGCUACGCUGAUGUGCAGAAAUUCCAGGAUUUCGGGCCACCGAGUGCUCCCCCAAUUGCUGCACGAGUUGGGGAGGUGGAUGGCAUUCUCGAUGCAAUUGUUUACAGAGGGAGUAUUUCCGUUUGCCUGGAAAAGAUAAUUAGACCAUUACUUGAUGUGCAAAUAGCCGACGAGAGCGGAGGCUUUGAGAAGACUGAGAUCUCCUCAGUGGCGGAUAUACUGGCUCAAGAUGUUCAUGAGCUUCCUACGAGAUCAACUGUUCAGGCGGAUGGUGUUCAGAUGCCGUACAUCGAGAACAAUUUAUUAGCUCAGAUACCCAGCUUCACAACCAAUGUCCAAAAUGCAUGGCAGUCAUUUGUUGCAUAUGAUGCAUGCUUUCGGCUUUGUCUGAAUGCGUGGGCAAAAAAUUGCAUGGAGGCUCCAGAAUUCCUCCGUGAUGAGUGCAUGGUACUUAGAAGCGCCUUUGGAAUACAGAAAUUUUUGCUUCAUCCAAAGCAUAAGAAUCAAGAUGAUGGAAAACAUACCUAUGAUAAGGAUGAAAGUUGUAGCAUGAAGGCAAGGAAACUUGUUAAACGGAUUGAGAUCGAAGUAAGAAAGAUACGUGUUGUACCGCAAAGACCAAAGCUUCGUGCAACAUCAUCCUUUAGAAAUCUCUACAUGCAAGCUGGUAGCGAGUAUGUUAGACAGAUUUCUAAAAUUCUGAAGAGCCAGGUCACUAUGCUGACAUCCACAUCAUCUACAUCUUUGCCAGAAGAGAUGUUUACAUGCACACUAGAAUUAAAAAGCUCCCUCAAAGGUCAACAAAGAGAUUCUAUUUCUCUGCAAUAUUUGAAGCCGGGGACUGGUGAAUCUCAACUCUUUUAUCUAGAGGGCCAGGGAGACGUUAUUCUUGUUGAAGUACAAGACAACAAUAGAGUUGUCAUAGGCCGUGCAGAAAUUCAAGUUUCAUCAUUCAGUGAUGCCCACCAGGAGGAAGUCACCAGAUGGUGGCCUCUAUACCUCGAGGAUCAAGAAUGUGUGGGCAAAAUUCAACUUUGUCUGAACUUGUCCAUGCCUGCGGACAAUUAUGGAUCUGCAAAGAUGCUGCAAGGUGGUCUGGCUGUCGAUACAAUUAUAUAUGACAUGGUUCUGGAAGCAGCAAUGAGAGCUCAAAAUUUCAACAGCAAAAUGUUGCACAUCAGUGGUUCGUGGAAAUGGCUGUUGGAUGAAUUUUCUGAUUACUAUGGGGUAUCAGACGCAUAUAGAAAACUGAGGUACCUUUGUUACAUUAUGAAUGUGGCAACGCCAACAAAGGAUUGCUUGGAACUUACAUAUGAGCUGCUUCUCCCUGUCAUAAAAGCACGGGAUGACAGAACUUUAACAAGACAAGAGAGAAGUAUACUGCUUGACUGUGAAGAUAGGAUCAAUGUUCUUCUUGCGAUUGUGUUCGAAAAUUAUAAAUCACUGGAUGAGCAUUCUAUUACGGGCUUAUCGGAGCUAUUUGGCCCGAUAUCAGAUUGUGCUGCACCAGCUUUGGCACCUGCAGUUCAGAUAUUCAGUGUACUGCAUGAUAUACUCUCUAACGAAGCACAGAGCAUACUCAGGAGCUAUCUGCAGACUGCUGCGGCAAAGAGGUGCAGGAGGCAUAUGAUUGAGACAGACGAGUUCAUGUCAAGCAAUAAUGACAAUCUUCUUACAGACGACAUGACUAUUUCUGCUGCCUAUCUCAAAAUGAAGACAUUAUGCAUUAACAUAAGUCUUGAGAUUCAAGCAGACAUCAAGAUUCACGAUCAGAAUAUACUCCCAAGUUCGAUAGAUCUUCCAAACAUAGCAGCAUCUCUCUAUAGUACAGAACUAUGCAAACGGUUGAAGGGUUUUCUCUCUGCAAGUCCCCCAUCAAGACCCUUACAACAUGUUGCUGAACUGCUCAUUGCGACUGCUGAUUUUGAGAGAGAUCUUGACUCCUGGCAAGUCAGACCUGUUCAUGGGGGUGUACUUUCGAGGGAGUUGUUUCAUGAUUACAUUAUGGUGUGGAUUGAAGAUACCCGGUUGCACUUGCUUGAUUAUUGCAAAGCUGAGAAGUUAUCCUAUCCUGCAGCAUCUACAACUUCACCAUUUGUCGAGCAAAUAUAUGAGCAAAUAAGAGAAAGCAUAAAUGAGUAUGGAGUAGUUAUCAACAGAUGGCCUCAAUAUCUAAUGAGUUUGGAGAGUGCUAUUGCUGAUGUCGAAAGAGAAGUUAUGAAGGCACUGGAGAAGCAAUACAUGGAGACUCUAAUGCCUCUGAGAGACGGCAUACCAAAAAUUCUUGAGAAGCAUGUUCAAAGACUGACAAGAAGACAAUCGGUAGCUCCAUAUGUUGUGCCAAAUCAGUUAGGAACAUUCAUGAAUACAGUUAAAAGAAUGCUAGAUGUGUUACACUGCCGGGUUGAGGAUAUUCUCAAAUCGUGGGCAGCAUAUCUAACCAUAGCAAACGGGACCACACUUUUUGGAGAGCAAAUGAACUCCAUCACAGUCAUGUUGAGAAAGAAGUACAAGAAAUACCUGCAGGCAAUAGUGGAGAAGAUUGUUAGUGAAACACAAGCUAAUCGGACUACAAGGUUAAAACGAAUUCUUGAAGAAACAAAAGAGACUGAAGGUGAAAGUGAAAUGCGUGAAAGGAUGCAGGCUCUCCGUGCGCAACUCUCUGAUUCCAUACACAACCUCCACGGGGUCUUUUCCUGCAGAAUAUUUGUCGCUAUUUGCCGAGGUUUCUGGGAUAGGUUGGGCCAGAUUGUGUUGAGGUUUCUCGAGAGCAGAAAGGAGAACAGGAUUUGGUACCGUGGAUCCGAUUACGCUUUAGGGAUCCUGGAUGACGUCUUCGCAUCAGAGAUGCAAAAGCUGCUGGGCAACGCUCUCCAGGAUAAGGACCUGGAUCCACCGCAAUCGGUGAUUGACGCUCGCUCUAUCCUCUGUUGAGGGCGGCGUGGGAGAAGAACCGUGUAACGUUCAGAUGGAUCUCUGCUGAGAAGAUCUGAAAUAUGUCCGAGGUGAAAAUUCGGUUUUGCUUUGUUUUAGUGUGCAGAAUAUGUAUACAGGUAGAGAUGGCUCCAUUCUUUCUGUUCAUAGUGGGUUGUAAUUGUUUCAGAAAGUGAAGAGGAAAGUUGUGUAAUUGGUUAGUGGCAAGCAAGAUUUGCUUUCCAAAGAGUAUAUGUGUAAUCGGUGAUUGAUGCUCGCUCUAUCCUCUGUUGAGGGCGGCGUGGGAGAAGAACCGUGUAACAUUCAGAUGGAUCUCUGCUGAGAAUAUCUGAAAUAUGUCCGAAGUUUGGCUUUGCUUUUUUUU